GCCAGUCUUUACCCCCGCUAGCCAACUAGAGGGGGCCUUCAACAAUGCGUAGUAUAAGUAGGUACGUCGCGACCAGCCAGCACAUUUGUUCACAAGACUCUAGGAGACGCGAUAUAAGUAGCUCGGUAUAAUGGAUUACAAAAUUAGAGCACUCCCCCUGUUCCUGGUGGUGGCUACAGUGGUGGCGCAGUACGGCGAGGAGUUCGGAGGCUACGAGGGGUACCACAAGGCGCCCAUACAGCUGCACCACCAGCAGAGCCUGGAUGACCACCAUGGGGAGGAGUAUGACAUGGAUUACCAUGCGCACCCCAAGUAUUCGUUCGAUUACUCCGUAAAGGACCCACACACUGGUGACCACAAGGAGCACUGGGAGACUAGAGACGGUGACAAGGUCAAAGGUACCUACACCCUAAUCGAGACGGACGGCACGAAGCGUGUAGUGGAAUAUGAAGCGGACGACAAGAACGGUUUCAACGCGGUCGUGCACAAGAUAGGCACACCCAAACACGACGAGUAUGAGCACAAGCCUGUGCACGAGUAUGAAGCGAAACCAGCGCUAGAACCCCUGCACUAUCAGCACGAUUAUGGUCACUUUGAUGAAGGUUUCGUGCCUGUAUCUGGUGGAUUUGGACAUUAAAAUGUAUUAGACUACAGGUAUACAAUUAUGAAGGAUUCUGUGCGAUGAUAUUCAUUAGGACAUUUUGUCGUGGGUGCGUUUCAUUGUAAGUCUCAAGACGUCUGAACAUACGCCGGUUAAACGAAGCUGCAGGCAGAGGUGGUUGAAGGCGGUCAGUACCCUUUGUACCGCGUUCGGUGCCCUGAUUGGACAGUGCAUAUAAACCAACCAAUCAGAGCGCCGUUCGUUUUCGUACAACUUAAAGCAAACUCGUACUAAGGGUAUUGGUCGCCAUUCCACCUUAUAGAUGGAAAUCCAACGCUGCGGUGUGUUUAAAAACAUAAAAUUUCACACAAAACUUUACCCAAAUAACAUUUGUAAAUCAUACAAACACUUUGUUAUUCCAAUUAAAUGAUGGCACUUUACCUAGAGCAUGACAGUAUUUUGUUAAAAAAAAAAACACAUUUAUUUGGCAAAUAGAACGAGACAAAAUGGAAUUUCAACUUUAACAUUACGCAAAUAAAGUUGAAAUUGGGAUACCUUGAUGUACUAGAAUAUCAACGAACAUAAUCUUCUAAUAUCAUUUACCUGUAGUUUAAUACAUGUGACUUUCGAUCAGUUAUACAGAACUUUUAAUUCCUUAGUUCAUUAACAGACGGACUGACUCCAAACAGCUUCGCAAUGCUCAAACUAUGAUGUUUAAAUGCUUUAAUUAUGUAGCUAUACAUACUUGUAUUUUGUAAGUUAUUAUAAUUUUAGGUUUAAGAAAUUCAUUUUUAAAUCUGUAUUCUGUUAUACAUUUCUGGUUAUGAAUGAGAGUCGUUAAAACAAACUCAAAUUUUAAAACGUACAUAGGUACACUAAGAAUGUUAUUCAUGUAUAGUAUAACUAAAUAAGAGAGAAUUAACUCAUUUGAAUGUCAUACAAAAAUAAAAUCGGGCAACUAUCGGCCGACAGGGCAACAAUUUUGUGUAUAGUGUGUGGUAGCAAAGAGUGGCUCACGAAUUAUAAUUAUUUAUUAGUACAACGGAAUGUUACAACGUUUCGUUUAAGUUAAGCCCCGACUGUAUUGUUCUGUUUUGUAGUUUUAAGUGUUGUACAAAACUCUUGCGAUUGAAUAAACUUUUUAUUGUUAUAA